GCCCCCCGACGCCCUCGCGCACCCGAGCGCGGAGCGGCGGCUCCCAACCCUCCUCACGCCACAAGACGUCUCCGUCCUCACCUCCAAGGGCAGGGCGCAGGGGCACGGCGUCGGCCUCUACGAUCGAGCUUCACCCUUGCCUGCGGCGCAGGAUCUGCCGUCGGUGACGCACGGUGUCCGCAGCGGCAUCCCUCCGACCGCGAGCGUCUUGCCUUCGCCAAGACGCACUGCCGCGUCGAGCCUGCACCGCGUCCAACUACACCGGACGGCCACCCUGCUCCACAGGACGCGCACAGCACCGGCCACGCCACUCCCCCGUCUGUGCGUACGGCCUCCCUCUAACCAUCGCUAUGGCGCAUCAUGGCCAAGACUUGGGAGGAGCACCAGGACCUCUUGGCUUCGACAGAGAGGAAGAGCGUCUGGUUGCCAUGGCAGCACUACCUUCACUGUUCUGUGUUCUUGUUAAUCCUCGGGGCUUGAUGGACAAUGAGGAGCUCAAAAAAAGAUACAAAAAAGUUGCAAAAGAUGUGGAGAAAGAUGAUAGGAGAUGUCGUGGUAUCAAAAAUCUUGAUGAUGCUAUCACAGCUAACACAAGAGAGAGGCAAGCAACUGGUUUUGUGGUGGCAGCCAAUGACACUACUCUGAGGGUCCUUACAUGCGCCCAUGUCAUUGCCGACAUUUUUACAGCAGACAACCAUAACCAGUUCAAUCUUGAAGAAGUGAACGCCCUGUUUAGGUUUGAUGUUCACUGUUAUCACCAUGAGGUAAAUGUUCGCACAAGGCUCAUCAAUCAGAAAAUAUCUGAGCGCCUCAGAUUUCCUACUCAGACACGAGUUAUUGCUCUGGAUACUCAGAAGGAUUUGAUGGUUCUCGAGUUUGAUGUUGGAUAUCUGUGUGACAGAGAUGAGACAGAUGUGGGAGGUGCGAGGACCUGGUGCGAAGCCAUGCAUCCAGUUAUCCAUAGAGCUGAUGCAGAUCCUAGCAAGAUGCAGAAGAUGGUCCUAGCUGGGUGGCCACCUCAAAGAGCUGGUUCUUGUGCCAUUGGGCAAGUUUCCUUUUGUCAUUGGACAUAUGAUGCCAUCACUGCGGUAAAUUUUAAGGGAUACACCAUGAGGCUGUUAGAGAUUCCUGGUAUGGUAGCUGACAACGGAUUCUCUGGCGCCCCUGUUCUAAAUGGCGCCGGCCAAUAUGUGGGUGUUUUUCAUGGUGUAUUUAAUCUUUCCACUGGAUAUGCUAUAUGUUCGCAGGAUGUGAGGGACUUUCUUCAGGAACACAACGUGGUACGUUUAUGUGAUAAUAAUACAUAUCUGUUAUACACUUAUACUAGGUACUAACUGUGUUUAAUUAUUGUUCUAAUUUGUAUUGUUCGUUUCAGUUGGUUUGGGAGCCCAACGAUGCCGAGGAAGCUUAGAGCAUCUUUCGCCGCCGCCUCUAUGCCUGCAGACGCCUCCCAACUGAAGCAGCUCUUCCCUCCGGAUCCCGCUACCACCCGCCUGUUGAAGCUAGCUGUGUGAACUAUGCACAGAUGUCUUUUGCUCAAGUCAGCCGUGUGAACAAUGUUGAAGCUACCUGUGUGAACUAUGUCAGGACAGCUGUGUGAACUAUGUAAUGUCAUUUGUGAUAACUAUGCUUCUGUCAGGUGUGUGAGAACCAAGUUAAAUAUAACCUCUGUCUGUUGGAUUCUAAUUUCUCUUGCCCUGUGUUGUCAACUAUGUUGCGGUCAAGUUGGCCUGUGCUCUUUUCCUUUCUUUUUCUGAACUGUGAAACUUGCUAGUCGGGUCCUCACUGCUGGUGCACUGCACCAAGCAGAUUCUGCUGCAGAUUGUCAUGCUGAACUUGCUCCUUUGCAAAAGCCAUGAAAAUUUCAUUCACCUGAAUCUUUCCUGAUGAAUGUUGUGCUUAAUGACCCAGAUUAACCCUUGAAUUUUAAUAACGCAAGCAAGCAUUGUAAAGAUUCUGAAGCCUGCUUUCUAACUAGAUGUCCACGUAUAACAGCUUGCAUUUU